AUGGUUCACUGUGCAGGCUGCAAAAGGCCGAUCUUGGACCGGUUUUUGUUGAAUGUACUGGACAGGGCUUGGCAUGUGAAGUGUGUUCAGUGCUGUGAAUGUAAAUGCAAUUUGACAGAGAAAUGCUUUUCGCGAGAAGGCAAGCUUUACUGCAAAAACGACUUCUUUCGGUGUUUCGGGACCAAGUGCGCGGGCUGUGCCCAGGGCAUCUCCCCCAGCGACCUGGUCCGCAGGGCGCGGAGCAAAGUGUUCCACUUGAACUGUUUUACGUGUAUGAUGUGUAACAAGCAACUCUCCACCGGCGAGGAGCUCUACAUCAUAGACGAGAACAAGUUUGUCUGCAAAGAAGAUUACCUAAAUAACAGCAAUACUGCCAAAGAAAACAGCCUGCAUUCAGCCACCACCGGCAGUGACCCCAGCCUGUCCCCCGACUCUCAAGACCCCUCCCAGGACGACGCCAAGGACUCGGAAAGCGCCAACGUGUCCGACAAGGAGACGGGGAGCAACGAAAACGACGACCAGAACCUGGGGGCCAAGCGGCGGGGACCGCGCACCACCAUCAAAGCCAAACAGCUAGAGACUCUGAAAGCCGCCUUCGCGGCCACCCCGAAACCCACGCGGCACAUCAGGGAGCAGCUGGCGCAGGAGACCGGCCUCAACAUGCGGGUCAUCCAGGUGUGGUUCCAGAACCGGCGCUCCAAGGAGCGGCGGAUGAAGCAGCUGAGCGCGCUGGGCGCCCGGCGACACGCGUUCUUCCGCAGCCCGCGCAGGAUGCGGCCGCUCGUGGACCGGCUGGAGCCCGGCGAGCUCAUCCCCAACGGGCCCUUCUCCUUCUACGGAGAUUAUCAGAGCGAGUAUUACGGCCCUGGAAGCAAUUACGAUUUCUUCCCGCAAGGACCGCCCUCGUCCCAAGCGCAGACCCCCGUGGAUCUCCCGUUCGUGCCCUCCUCGGGGCCGUCAGGGACCCCGCUGGGGGCCAUGGACCACCCCCUGCCCGGACACCACCCCUCGAGUGAGGCUCAGCGCUUCACCGACAUCAUGUCGCACCCCCCGGGGGACUCGCCCAGCCCCGAACCCAACCUGCCCGGCUCCUUGCACUCCAUGUCCGCGGAAGUUUUUGGCCCCAGCCCCCCAUUUUCGUCGAUAUCCGUCAACGGUGGUGCUAACUACGGCAAUCACUUGUCCCACCCUCCAGAGAUGAACGAAGCGGCUGUGUGGUAG